GUGUGUGUGUGCGUGCAGGCCGGAGAGGAACACCACUCAGCUGAAGUACUCAAUGCCACUGCGCCUCGCGCACACACACACACACACACACACACAUUGCUCCAAUGCUAGGAGCACGGCAGCGGUGUGUUGAGUGUGUGUGUCUGCGUUCAGAGUAACACCGAUAUGGAUUACUUUUACCUCCUGCUCUGCGCCGUCACUCUCGGGCUGGAGAACUCCAGAGCAAGUCUAUCUGAUAAGCUGAGUGAGUUUGGACUCAUCGUCCCCUUCAGCACAGACUCUCGAGGGCGCUACGUGUCUCACAUGGUCUCCUCUGGCUCGGCGUGGACGUUACCCUCGGAGCGAAGGCGAGUGGCUCGCAGCGCACCUGUAGCCUCCUCCAGGUAUCUGUUCUUUAACAUCACUGUGUUCGGGAAGGAACUCCAUCUGCGACUGAAGGCCAAUCGGAGACUGGUGGCUCCUGGUGCUUUUGCUGAGUGGCACGAUGACUUUGAAGAAAAGCAGAAGGAGCGGAUAAACAACGAGUGUCUGUUCACCGGAGACAUCAGUGACAUGCAGCACGCUUCAGUGGCCAUCAGUAACUGUGACGGACUUGCCGGACUGAUUCGCACGGAUAACGGCGAGUUCUUCAUCGAGCCACUGCAGAAAGGUCAGCAGGAGUCAGAGGUUCAUGGGCGAGUUCAUGUGGUGUAUCCCAGAUCAGCGGUUAAACGACAGAAUCAGGAAGAUCUGCAUAACGAAGUUCCAGAUUUUGGAAUAGCUGAGCUCCCGAAUGCUCUGGAUCUAGUAGAGCAGAAGCUUUCUGAAUCGGAUCGUAAACGCAGACAUGCUAAAAAAGAUGCCUACAGCAUCGAGGUUCUCCUGGCUGUAGACGACUCUGUGGUGCGCUUCCAUGGCAAAGAACAUGUACAGAACUACGUUCUUACACUUAUGAACAUAGUAGAUGAAAUAUACCAUGAUGAAUCUCUGGGCACCAGCAUCAACGUCGUUAUCGUCCGGAUGAUUAUGGUGGGCUACAGGCAGUCCGUGAGCCUGAUCGAGCGAGGGAACCCGUCUCGCAGUCUUGAGCAGGUGUGUCGUUGGGCAAACACGCAGCAAAGACAGGACCUGAAACACGCUGAGCACCAUGACCACGCCAUCUUCCUCUCCAGGCAAGACUUUGGUCCUGCAGGUAUGCAAGGUUAUGCCCCCGUGACGGGAAUGUGCCACCCUCUGAGGAGCUGCACGCUGAACCACGAAGACGGAUUUUCCUCGGCGUUCGUCGUCGCUCACGAAACCGGCCACGUGUUGGGUAUGGAACAUGAUGGUCAGGGGAACCGGUGUGGAGAUGAGACCAGUAUGGGAAGCAUUAUGGCUCCGCUGGUUCAGGCGGCGUUUCACAGAUACCACUGGUCCCGCUGCAGCAAACAGGAACUCAACCGCUACUUACAUUCGUAUGAUUGUUUGUUAGACGACCCGUUUGAACACAAGUGGCCCAAACUCCCAGAGCUGCCGGGUAUCAACUACUCGAUGGAUGAACAGUGUCGCUUUGACUUCGGUGUUGGUUACACCAUGUGUACAGCUUUCAGGACGUAUGAUCCGUGUAAGCAGUUGUGGUGUAGUCAUCCUGAUAAUCAGUAUUUUUGUAAGACAAAGAAAGGACCUCCAGUGGAUGGGACGGAGUGCGCACCUGGCAAGUGGUGUUUUAAAGGUCACUGCAUCUGGAGAUCAUCUGACCAGCUGUAUGGUCAUGAUGGAGGAUGGAGUCCAUGGGGAAGGUUUGGGUCCUGCUCCAGAACAUGUGGGGGAGGGGUUCGCUCUCGCAGCCGGCAGUGUAACAACCCACCUCCAGCGUAUGGGGGACGUGAAUGUCCAGGCUCUGAGUUUGAUUAUCAGUUGUGUAACACUGAGGACUGUCCCGGUCCUUAUGAGGACUUCAGAGCGCAGCAGUGUGUACAACGCAGCAACAAAUACCACAACAACAUCAAACACACCUGGCUGCCUUAUGAACAUCCGCAAGAGGACCGUAAGUGUGAGCUCAGUUGUCUCUCUAAAGAGACAGGGGAGGUGGUGUUCAUGAAUCAGGUGAUGCAUGAUGGGACAAGAUGCAGUUACACUGAUCCAUUCAGUGUAUGUGCCAGAGGAGAUUGUUUGCAUGUAGGGUGUGAUAGAGAAGUUGGAUCAUAUAAACAGGAGGAUAAAUGCGGUGUGUGUGAAGGAGACAACUCUCACUGCCGCACUGUCAAACUGACUCUCACCAAAACCCCCAAAAUCAAAGGAUUGUUGAAGGUGUUUGAUAUCCCAGCAGGAGCGAGGCACAUCGUGAUUGAGGAGAACACACCGUCUCCACACCUCAUGGCGGUUAAAAGUCAGGUGACUGAGAGUUUCAUCCUGAACGCUAAAGGAGACGAGGUGAAGAGCAGGACGUUUAUAGAGAGUGGUGUGGAGUGGGAGUACACAAUCCACGAGGAGAAGGAGACCCUCAAAACCACUGGCCCUCUGAAUGAAGCCAUCAUAGUACUGGUGGUUCCUAAAGAAGAAGACAGGAAGAUCAGUUUGAGUUAUAAAUACAUCAUCCAUGAGGAUCUGGUUCCUGUGAUCACCAACAACAACGUGCUGUUAUCUGAGCUGGACAGCUACGACUGGGCACUGAAGGACUGGACACCAUGCACCAAGCCCUGCGGAGGAGGUGUACAGUACACUAAGUAUGGCUGUAGAAGGAAGAGUGAUGGACAUUUGGUACAGAGAACUCUUUGUGACGUCAGUAAGAGACCCAAACCUAUCCGCAAACGCUGCAACAUCUACGACUGCAGUCCACCCACGUGGAUAACAGAGGACUGGGGUGUGUGCAGUAAGUCAUGUGGUAUGAUGGGUAUUCAGUCCCGUGUGGUUCAGUGUGUUCAUCCUCAACACAACGGCACACACAGAGUCCUCCACACCAAAUACUGCACCUCAGACAAACCACCCACACACAGAGUGUGUAACACCACCACACUCUGCCCUGCCCAGUGGAGGACCGGAGCCUGGUCACAGUGUUCAGCGACGUGUGCUGAGGGAAUCAGGCAGCGUCAGGUUGUGUGCAGAUCUUCAGAAAACACUUCAGCUCAGUGUGAAGGAGAGCAACCUGAGAGUGUGUCCAUCUGCAGACUCUCACCAUGUCCAGGAGAUCCAUCUCUCUCUACCCCUGCUGACUCAGCAGAUAACCACACGGGUGAUGGAGACCUCGAUAAGAUCUUGAAUGAACCUUGUCUUGAGGAUAAAUCGAUUUUCUGUCAGAUGGAGGUCUCGUCUCGGUACUGUUCUAUUCCUGGAUAUAAUAGGCUUUGCUGCGAGUCAUGUUUUAGGAAAAUGGGAGUUCCCACAGCAACACCUCGUCUCCACUCUCCCUCGCUUCCUCCUUCCACUGAUCCUUCUAUUCUGCUGACUACAUCGUCUUCACUCACUGGGCCAAGUCUAAUUACAGCUCCUCCCAGCCCUAACCCUGAUCAGGUGUCCUCUCAGACUCCUCCACUUCCUGCUUCACCUCUACCUCCAGAGCUGACUGCUAGUCUUAGCACUAGCACUAGCGUCAGUGCCACUGAUCAACCUUCUCAGGACCAGAAGACGGAGAAAGCAGAACCUCACAGCAGCACUUUAUCUCCAACAGGAACGGACAUUAAAACGGACUCCCCCAACAGGAACGUCACAGUGGUCGCAUGAUCAGGAAGUGACACACUCCUGUUUUCUGAAUGGUGCUGACUGCAUGGUGCCGAUGAAAAACCUCUCAGAUGUUGUUUGUUUGUUUGUUUGUCAACAGUCUGUGCCAGUUAUGGGUUACCUCAGAGUUCUAACCACAUAACCAACAUUACCCAUAAAACCCUGCCACAUGGAAGUCCACAUUAAAAGGUGCUGUUGUUUUUAACUACUAUGAAUAACAUGUUGAAGUUCACCA